AUGCCCCACGUGUUUCGGGGACACCUGAACCGUGUGGUGCUAGGAAUGCGGCUCAGGCUGACCAAUGGUCUCCUGAGGCCUACAAGGAUUGCAGCUCGGGUAGACUUGGUAUCUCCGAGGCCUGCGAGGAUUGCGGCUCGAGUAGACUUGGUGUCUUCGAGGCCUGCGAAGAUGGAAUUGACGGUAUUAAUGGAAUUGACGGAUCAGGAAUGGGAGUACGCCUAG